AUGCUGCUCUCGCUGCGGCAGUGGCCGCUCCAAGCCGGUACAUCGUCCUGUUCGAAGAAGGAGCGGUCGCCAACUUUCAAAAGAGACGGCACAAUCGAUAUCAGAGGCUUUGCAACGACCGUGUCGUCGCACAUCCAGAAGAACACGAAGCCGGCCCUGACCUUCGAUUCCAGCCUGUUUCGUGGCGUCUCAGUCGACGUGCAUGAUGCGAACUCCACUUCAGUUGACCAGAUCAAGGCUAUCGAGGGCGUUUCCCAGGUCUGGCCCGCGGGACUGUUCACCAUUCCGCCCACUUCAGAGGCUGUGAUCUCCAAUUCCGACCGGCCCACAUGGUCGCCGCACAACACCACCAGGGUGAACGAAGUCCACCAGAAGGGGCAGAAAGGUGACGGCGUCAUCGUCGCCAUGAUUGACAGUGGUGUUGACUACAACCAUCCUGCCCUCGGCGCAGGAUUCGGCCCCGGUUUCAAGGUUGAAGGCGGUUAUGAUCUGGCAGGCGACGAUUACAGUCCCGGGGGACCGACCAACCCGGACUCGGAUCCGAUGGACUGUGCGGGCCAUGGUACUCAUGUUGCUGGCAUCAUCGCAAGCCAGAACGAGUACAACCCGGGUGUGGCGCCGAACGCGGGGCUUCGCAUGUACAAGGUUUUCGGUUGCGAAGAUGGCACCACCGAAGACGUUGUCAUUGCUGGCUUCUUGAGAGCCUUUGAAGAAGGAGCUAAUGUGAUUACUGCCUCUCUCGGCUCGGCGCUUGGUUUUCCCUACAUUGCUGCAUCCAUUGUGGUAUCGAAGAUUCAGGCCGCAGGUGUGGUUGUCACUGCCGCCGCCGGAAACAGUGGCAGCGCUGGACCCUUCUGGACCACCAACCUGGGAAACAGCUUCGGCACCACAACGGUCGGAAGUGUUGAGCAGAGUGACCGUGUUGUGUACACAGUGAAGGCGCGAUCGGCCAACGGCACAACUCGUGACAUUGUCUACAUGGAACCUAGCGGACAUCCCUUCGAUCUCGUCGGCGAUCAUGGUGCAUUCUUCUAUCCCGAUGUCCGAACUCGUGACGUUUGCGACUUUUUGACUACCCAGCCAAGAGUUCCCAAGGGCAACGUUUUGGUGCAAAGACAGGGUGACUGUGACUGGUCAAGAAUGGAUUUGAUUACUUGGGGUCGGGUCGAGUGGGUUUUCUACUACGGCAAGCAGGGCGAGGGACUACCAGUUCCGAAUCGCUUUAUCCAAGAUGCUGGAGCUCAAGCCAAAGGAUUGGCCGGAAUUACCUACGAGGACGGGCAAUGGCUGCUGCAACACUCCGAUAACAACAUCACUGUCACGUUCGAGUUUGAAGAGAACCCUAGACCAGUCUCUCAUCGUUGGACCGACGCCAAUGGAGUCAGAAUAAGUGCGUUCAGCUCCUGGGGUCCAACAUUGGAUUGCAGAAUGAAGCCAGAGAUCGCCGCGCCCGGCGCAACCAUCCUCUCCACAUAUCCGCUCAAGCUUGGGAAGUGGGCAACACUUUCGGGAACUAGCAUGGCAACUCCUUAUAUUGCCGGCGUUGCCGCUCUUGUCCUAGGGUCCAAGGGAGGCCGCCCUGGCUGGGGUCCUGACGCCGCACGAUUGGUGCACGAAAGGCUCAUCGCCAGCGGUCAGCCCGUCUCCACGAGAAACGAUAACUCUGCUUACACUCCCGUGGCCAAAAUUGGGGCUGGUAUUGUUGAUGCCGUCAGGGCGGUGGAGUACGAUACGUUCGUUUCGCCUGCCAACCUCAACCUGAACGACACCGUGCACUUCAACGGCGUGCACACAAUCAAGCUCACGAAUAGAGGCCAAGAGGUGGUUACGUACAAUGCUACCCACCAGAAUCUGAAUGGCUUCCAAGCGAUUUCGAUCAGCACCAAAUACGUGGACACAAACCCCGACAUCGCCGGUUACUUCGCGUCGGUGACCUUGUCAACCGAAAGCGUCACAGUCGGACCAGGUGAGACGGUUGAGAUAACGGCGUCAUUCACGGAACCGGACAACGGCGUCUACGGGCUCAUGUCCGUGUACGGUGGAAACAUUCAUUUCUGGGGCUCCAACGGAGAAGACGUCCGGGUAACCUAUAUGGGCGUCAAGGGUUCUCUUUACUCGCAGAACUCGUGGCUCUACACGCCAUCAUUUAUCCAGAACAAGAACUCGGACAGUCUUAUUGGUUUCCCUGACGGAGAAGAUGAGGAGCAGAGUUUCGAUUAUGUGGCCAAGGACUGGACGCCUGAGGACUGGGUUCACCCUCCUAUUCCAGGCAAGAACAAGUGGUUUGGAUCCAUGACCAGUUCCGAACGUGUUUUCCCAGCUCUGUUCCAACCUCGAAUUCCCACCGGGAGGAUGUUUGCUUAUGGCUCCAUGAACAUCAGCCAGGGCACUACUCUGGUACCCGGUGAAUACCGCAUCCUGGCCAGGAGUUUGCGGAUAUAUGGUGAUCGCUCCAACUUGGAUGAUUGGCAGACAGCGUUGUCCAAUUGGUUCACCCUCAAGGCGCUGCCCCCAUCAAACUCCACCACCACCACCACAUCUCAGACGGCUACUUCUACUUCAACCACUGCACCCACCUCCGCUGCGCCACUCCCACCUAUCGCUGUCUGCGGCGAGUCCGUUCCCAUCAACCUCACGGCUCGCAUUACUACAGAGACCAGCAGAUUUGGUCUCAUGUUGAGCUCCGACUUCUUGGUCUACGACCGCCGCGGCGACGGUACGCAUUUCGAGUGGGCCCUGACCAACGAAGGUUACCUCAAGACUCGCGACAUUUCGCGCAGUACACCAGUGGACAUCUACGCAGCUGUGCAUUCCAACAAUAACAGCUUAAUCUACAUGUACACGCCUGGCCAGAUAUCGGGAGCGUUCUCGUAUCUUACUUGCGCGCGACAGGGAACCGAACUGCUGUGCACAGCCAACGCGAAGUCUUCUUUCUACGACUGCCAAGAUCCCGAAGACAACGAGGCUUACGUUCACAUCCGCAGCGGCCCGGAAGUUCGGAGCGGCUGUCGGCAGGUAACUUUCAACUUCGAGGAUCUUCCGCAGGCGUGCGACACGCCAACUGCUAGUUCUCCUGCGACGGUCAGCGCAGCUCCGACGGUGAGCCUCAUGGUUUGA